ACACCCCUCUGCCUGUGCAGAAAGUGGAGCGUUCCAGCUGGCUUUGGGCUCAGUUGUUGUGCAGAGCUGCAGAAGGCCUGAUAGAGCCAGCUAGACAGACAAGAAGAAGGAAGGGAGGGAUACGUAGACAGAGACAGACACACACUGUGGAUCCAGAGCUUGUGUUGUCAUUUCAUUACCAAUUCAACAAGCAAUACCAGAGAGGAAGGAAACAAAGGAAAGAGGAAGACAAAAAGGAGCUUCAGUGAAAGCAGGGAAAGUAAAAGAGAGGCAAGGUGAAAGAGGAAGGAAGGAAAGGGAGGGAGGAAGGAGGCUGGGGGCAUGAGGCGGGGCGCCUGACUGACAUUGCUGCUCUCGCUAUCAGCUCACACACACACCGAUGUAGGCAGACACACGCAUUCAGCCAGAUUAUGCACUGCACAGUAGCUGCUCUUUUUUAUCCUUUUGCGGAGCCUUGUCCUCCAUCCUUUUUUCUCCUCUGAGCAAGAGGACAAGAGAGACCGAGAGAGGAGGAAGAGGAGGAGGGAAACGGAGGAAGAGGAGGGGAGGCAUUAACCCUUUAAUCUCAUUUACUCAGACACACAGCAGAGAAAAAUAGGGGGAGAAGAGUAAAAAAAGAGAGAAAGCAGCUUUCUGUUCUAUUUCACCUUCUCCUGUGGUCCCUUGGCCAACGAGCGGCUAACAGGCACCGCUCAUGUCCGUGAACUCGGAGAAAUCCUCGUCCCCCGAAAGGCCUGAGACCCAGCAGAAAGCCCCGGUGAGUGCCCCUCCUCCCCCGCCACCCCCUCCGCCUCCCCCUGAGCCAGCAGGGCCCCCGGAGCCAGAGGAGGAGAUCCUGGGCUCCGACGAUGAGGAGCAGGAGGACCCCGCGGACUAUUGCAAAGGAGGGUACCAUCCGGUGAAGAUCGGGGAUUUGUUCAACGGGAGGUACCAUGUGAUUAGGAAGUUGGGGUGGGGGCACUUCUCCACCGUAUGGCUAUGCUGGGACAUACAAGUGAAGAACUUUGUGGCCAUGAAGGUGGUGAAGAGCGCCCAGCAUUACACAGAGACGGCCCUGGAUGAGAUCAAACUGCUGCGAUGUGUGAGAGAAAGCGACCCCGGUGACCCCAACAAGGACAUGGUGGUUCAGCUGAUAGAUGACUUCAAGAUCUCUGGAGUCAACGGCAUACAUGUGUGUAUGGUGUUUGAGGUGCUAGGUCACCACCUGCUGAAGUGGAUUAUUAAAUCCAACUACCAAGGUCUGCCUCUGCCAUGUGUGAAGAGCAUUAUCAAACAGGUGCUGCAGGGUCUUGACUACCUCCACACUAAGUGUAAAAUCAUCCACACGGACAUCAAGCCAGAGAACAUCCUGAUGUGUGUAGAUGAUGCCUUUGUUAGGCGUAUGGCUAUGGAGGCAACCGAAUGGCAGAAGGCUGGAGCCCCCCCACCGUCUGGAUCAGCAGUUAGCACAGCCCCCCAGCUCAAACCGGUGAGUACAACAGAUGUGGGGAAGAUCUCCAAGAACAAGAAGAAGAAGCUGAAGAAGAAACAGAAGCGGCAGGCCGAGCUGCUGGAGAGGCGGAUGCUGGAGAUCGAAGCCUUGGAGAGAGAGGCCGAGAAGAGGGAGGAGAGAGUCAAAGACGGGGAAGAGAAAGGGGAGCAUGAACACAACCUGUCUUCACCCCUGCAGCUGCCGCCACCGCAGCUGGGCCCCAGCAUGGCUCUGGGAGAGAGCGACGAAGAUGAUGAUGAUGACGAGGAGGAUGGGGAAGAUGAGGAGGAGGAGGGAGGCGAGAGGGAGAGGGAGAGAGAGAGAGAGCGAGAGAGGGAGAGAGAGAGGGAGAGGCCCAUCAGGUUGACUAAUCAUACAUGUGCGGCGUCUCCCCAGGAGCAGAGCGAGGCACCCCACAUCACUGAUGAAGACCCUGAUGAGGAGGUGGAAGAGGAGGACGAGCCCACGCGUACUGCUGAAAAAGAUGCCCCCAUUCCCCCCACCACAGACUCUUGUGACAGAGAUCCAACACAAGCAGAGAUAGAAGGCAAGGAGGGGGAGGAGGAGGAUGCUGAGGAAGAAGAGGGGUUGAAAGGGGCAGAGGAUGUGAAUGAGGAAGAGGAGGGGGUGGGGAAGGAAGAGGAGGAGGAAGAGGAAGAGGUGGAGGGAGAAGAAGAGGAGGAGGAGGAGUCAAAGGAGGAAAAAGAGACUGAAAGAGAGGAGAAUGAGACUGGGAAGCCAAAGAGUGAAAGCAAAACAGAUGAGGCGGCAGUGGCAGAAGCAGAGGAGUCGAAGGAGCAGGAGGGGGAGGAUGAGGAGGACGAGGAUGAGGAUGAAGAAGAGGAGGAUGACGACGAGGAAGACGAAGAUGACGACACAACCACGGAACUCCUCACGGAAACCUCCUGUCCCAUCAAACCCCACAACAACAAAAGCAAUUCAGCCAAAACCAAUGGUCACGUUUUGUUGGGACCUGAAGGACUGAAACCAAACCCUGGCAAUCCUCCCCCUCCCUCGCCCACCGCUGAGCAUCUACUCUGCCCCCUGGUGGAGUCCGAGCUCAGCUACACAGACAGGGACCACUCUCUCAGCUCCGGUUAUGAGAUGUAUAAUGGCGACUUGGGCGAGCCGGGGCUUACCAACGGUGGUAGUGACCGCCACCCGACCAUCAUGCCUCUCUUCCCCGACUUGCCCCUGGAUCCUGUGCCGGGAAACCCCACUUCUGUUGAAACGGUAGACAUUGGAGCAGGCCAGUCACCCAACAGCCCCAGCGCUGACCGUAGUCGCACUGUGUCGUCCUCGAGCACAGGAGACACACCCAAAGUCAGAGCCAGAGCUGCAGAUCUCCUGAUCAACCCACUAGACCCGCGCAACGCUGAGUCAAUUCGAGUCAAAAUCGCUGAUCUCGGAAAUGCCUGCUGGGUGCACAAGCACUUUACAGAGGACAUCCAGACGAGACAAUACCGUUCCAUUGAAGUCUUGAUAGGAGCUGGUUACAGCACUCCUGCAGACAUCUGGAGCACUGCCUGCAUGGCAUUUGAGCUGGCUACUGGAGAUUACUUGUUUGAGCCUCAUUCCGGAGAGGACUACUCCCGUGAUGAGGACCACAUAGCCCACAUCAUAGAGCUGCUGGGCUGUAUUCCGAGGCACUUUGCACUCUCCGGAAAAUAUUCCCGGGAGUUCUUCAACCGAAGAGUUGUAAAGUGCACUGAGACCAUGUCUAAUGGUGAGCUGCGGCACAUCACCAAGCUGAAGCCCUGGUCCCUGUUUGACGUGCUGGUGGAGAAGUACGGCUGGGCACACGAAGACGCCGGCCACUUUACCCACUUCCUUCUGCCCAUGCUGGAGAUGGUGCCUGAGAAGAGGGCCUCGGCCGGCGAAUGCCUCAAUCACCCCUGGCUCAACUCGUAGCCACAAUCUCUGAUCAGACGCCCUCCUCCCCUUGUCCACCAACAGUUAGCCCAAACAUCACCUCCUGGUGGCAGCCUAUGGAACAACAGCAUGGAGACAGAGUCAGAGUAGAUGAUUAAGACUUCUUCUUUCCUGCCCUACCCCACGCAUCCAUUACAUGCUUAUCUGAGUAGGCUUACGUCCCACACAAGCCCCUCAUCUUUUCCUAUAAGGAAUGUGAAGACAAGCUUAUGGAGAUUACAUGACAUAGUAACUGUGUUUUCCAAAACAUCUCCUAAAAAGAUCAUUUGAAGAUGGAUGCUGCUCACGAAUUGGGAGAAGUUAGGCACUAUCUGAAAGAAAUUUGCUUUCCUUCUUCUCUUCUGUCAUCAAGAUAUCAGCAAGUACCUUUCAUCUAAUCUCCAAAUUCUCAGUUUUACCUUGUUUGGAUCUAGUCAUGGACCACUGAGAGCUGCUGAUCGUUUUAACGACGAGAAAGGAAAGUCAACAAGAAGCUCCAUCUGCCAUGACCUUUACAUAGCCAGGGCCUCAGAGACAGACAGGUUUGUGUGUUUUUGGGAGAGAUAUGUGCCUGUGCUCAAGAUCUGCCAACAUAGACCCAAGUUUACAACAUGAUUUCUUUCACAAAUCCGAUCCCAAAAAGCCCCUCUUACCUGUUUGGUUACUCAUUUACCCCCAUUCUAAAUGAGCUGCACGCUCCUGCUGGGGGCCACCUCAGAGAACUGGAGGGCAGCCAGUCCUCCAGGGAGCAGCCCACUGGCAGUUACCACUCUGACAAAGACGAACAGAAAAAGUGCAGUAUGAGCAAAAACACAAAAAUACAAUCAAUUAAUUGUGGAGGAGGACUGCUUGGUCUUUAAAGACAAUUUUUAAAAUGCAUGGAGAGACUGAUGGAUUAGCAUGAAUGGAUAGGACAAAGGGACAAUGGAUGCAUCAUUUUAUUUGUGCAUUUUGCUGGUUUCUUUCCCAUUUCAUCACCUCUCUUAGACAUACUGUCAGAAAGAAUUAUUUUAGGAUAUUUUGGUGCAACCUCUGAGGAAGCUAACUAUGUUACAACUCCGUCUUCUCCAACUUUUGACAUUCCUAAAUCUUGGUCUGUGCCAUCAUUCCUGACUUUGAUUUCCAGGUACACUUCUGUUGAGUCUUUUUGUGGCACAUUUACCUGAUCUGAUUGGUACUAUUCCCUCUUUUUUCCCUAUAGAGGAACCCUUUGAUCCCUAAGCUACUCCAGAAAGGGGAUGGUCACGUGGAUGUUGCACUGGUCUUUGUAGAUGUCCUUCAGGGAUUUGAAACCUUUGUACAUAGAACUGAGAUCUUACAACGCAGAUAAGCAACUGUGGACAAAGUUUCACCACAAGCAUCAUUCCAAAAACAGAAGAUGGUGUUGGCAUAUCUUGACUUCCUCUGAAGCAGUAGGGGGUGGUUUGCCGCCAUAGCUCCGGCCCCGGAGGAAUGUUCAGGCUGAACAGUGCCACCUGGUGGCUGAAUGAGAGUACUGCGUUGCCACACUGCUGCUGCUCUCAGUGCCAACGCUCCAGACGUUCCACUGUCUCUCCACUUAAUCUCUAUUUCUCUGUCACACACACACACACACACACACUUGCAUCAUCACGAUUAGUCCAGUUGCCUAUUUUUCGCAAUAAAUGAAAAAAGAUGAGUAUAAGUAAAUUGUGAGAUAUUUUUAAAAACUAUUUAAUUCAUU